AUGUCGGAAUCGUCAAACCCCAGAGGCCAGAAGGCCGCGAGGCUGCAUGAAGACAGCUUCAUUGCUUUUGAUCAUGCCGCCGCUGGACAUGACGGCGUUCUUUGCCAUGCCGACGGCUCCCUUAUCGCCAAACCCUGCACCCAACACGAGAUUACAUUCUACGAAUCUUGCGCCAGCCACCUUGAAUUUCUCCGCUAUAUCCCAACGUUCAUGGGCACACUGACCGCUGCACCUCAAGAGUCUCUCAAUUUGCCUGUACAGCAGAUUGGCGAGACAUCCAUUGCUCUUACGUCCACGGAAGCAUCUGGCACUGACACUCCUCUGACUCCCGAAUUGUCUCAACACCCCAAAGCUAUUUCCAUAACCAAAUCAACGUCACAGCCGGAACCGGAGUGGGUGCCCUCUGGUGGCCGCAAGCUGGACACUGGUCUCUCUAUUGUACUAGAAAACAUCGCCAGUGGCUUCAAAAGACCCUGUGUACUGGACGUGAAACUCGGUGCCAGGCUGUGGGCUGACGAUGCGACCCCAAGCAAAAGAGCAAAGUUAGACGAGGUGUCGAAGCAAACCACUAGUUCAAGCUUGGGAUUCCGUAUUGCUGGGAUGAAAGUCUGGAUUGGGGGAGAAAAUGACUAUCCGAGUGAAGAAGAAGACACGCUCGUCCCGGUACACAACCAUAUUCCGUCCAGUAUUGACGAUGAAGUUAAAGAAAAAGUGAAUAUCGCCGAGUCUGCUGGGUAUAGACGCUACGACAAGUACUAUGGCCGAGCGUUCAACAAACAGAACGUGAAGCAAGGAAUUAAAGCUUUCCUUGGCAGUGCCAAAACCGAAGGCACAGAUUACUCCAAAAUAAUUGCUAAAAGAUUGGCGUUGGAAAUCCGAGGCAUGCAGUCCAUGCUUGAAAAUGAAGAGAGCCGGAUGUACUCUGCUAGUGUCCUCCUUGUCUACGAGGGAAGCGCCAAAUCCCUCGAACAAGCCCUGGUUGAAGAGGACAAGAAGAAGGCCGAAGGCUCUUCGGAGAUCGGCACUGAAGCUGGAGAGGAAGGUGAUGGAAUCAUGGACUUAGCUUCAAUGGCAGAUCUAGAUCCUCAAGCUGCACAGAAAUUAGCGGCUCAGAGCACGAUCAACAUAGAGAUUGGACCCGAGGAUAUUGCCAGCUUUGGAGAACUCGACGAGGAUGAAGAAGAACCUAAGAAGGUACACGAUGCCCGUCUAAUAGAUUUUGCGCACGCGCAAUGGACUCCUGGGCAAGGCCCCGAUGAGAAUGCUCUUCAAGGUCUCCGUAGCCUAGCUCAGAUACUGGAGGAGCUGGCGGAGGGUUAA